AUGGGCCGGCUCUUUGUGGGAACAUCGGGUUGGUGUGGCCUGCACCCCAAAGAUUUCGCGCGGCACUACGAUGUGGUGGAAUUUAACUGGACCUUCCAUGAGCGGGACAGCGAUGUGGAGCACUACCGCAAGGUAGCUGGGGAGCUCCGAGAUAUGCAUCUCCAUGCCGUGUUGAAGGUCUCAGGACUUGCUACCCACGAAAGGCGCUUGCGCAGUCCGGGGCAGUGGUGGCCGCAUCUGUGGGCAAAGUACAGCGAGCUCCAAAAGGCUGGUGUUUUGGGUGGUCUUUUGUGGCAGCUUGCGCCAUCGCACAGAUGUACGCGGCAGACAUUGUCCGAACUAGAAGAGUUAGCAAAACACUUGCCCCAAGAUGUUUUGCAUGUCUUCGAAUUCCGGCACAGCUCCUGGUAUGGUCAGUACCGUGAGGAUGUGGUCAACCUCUUACGUCGCUGGGGCUUAUGCAUGGCAUGGAUCAACAUCAAGAAUUCAGAUGGCUGGUGUGGGGACCUCGAAGAUGGGUGGCCUAGCCUGGCCCGCACCUGCAACACUGCAUACUUGCGGCUGUUCGGGACAAAGCAGAAAGCCAUUGGCCGCUAUGGAGAGGAAGUGGUCCGUGACACCAUCCUGCCAAUGGUGCAAGGCCCAGGUGCCCCAAAGGAUUCCAUUGUGAUUUUUGCACAGGCUGAUGUGCCAGCUCAUGCAAAGGCAGAUGCAUCCUUCAUGGUGGAAUUGCUGGGCCAUGGGGACAGCCAACCUGGAAGGAGUACGAAGUGGGAACGAGAUGUGCUUGUUGCCACGCUGGGUCUCGGCAUAGGUACCCAAGUCAGCGGGGUGGUUCAACGUAUCACCCACCGAACUGUUUUCAUCGACAUAGGACGUUCCUGCCGGGCCUUUCUGGAUGCAAACCAUGCACGGAGAGCUGGUUUGCUGGAUAGCUUGCGCAUCGGAACUCAUGUUGACAACUUGGAGGUCCAACAUCUUGACUUCCAAGGUGAAUGGGGCAUUGUUGGCCUUUCAUGCCACAAGGCGUCCAUUAGUCUGGGAGCGGCGGAGGAGGAGCAGCAUAAGCAUGCUGAAGCUGAGGAGUCCAGCCACACGACUGUCAGAGUGGGACGAUGGCCGCGGCAAACUACGGAGACCAGCUCUGAGGCCGAUGCGCCGCCCGCCGCGCAAGCUGUGGCAGCGCUGGAAGCCCAGUGGCACCGAAAGCCACGGUGGACCCACCGCUGCUACGAAGGACUUGCAGAGAUUGGCAAAAUGUCUGGCAGCCGUCACGUGGAGCCGGUCGAUCCGGAGCACGUGGAAGAGCAGCUCCGCGCCAAACGCGUGGCAGCCAAAGCUCGUCGUGACGAGCGGGUGGGCCGGUGGGCGCGAGCGCUUGUAGAGAAAGCCAUUACCAAGCCGCCCACCAAGCGGAGUCGCAGCGAGGGCCCAGUUUCUCGCACGCGGAGGGAGGAGGCGGUGUUCCGGGAAGAGCUGAAAAAAGAUGAGGCAGCAGCCCUUAGCCGCGCUGAGAAACGCAAGGGUGACAGGCACACCAGAGAAGAAAACUGGUCUCCGGAUCUUUGGGCGCAAGCGCAAGUGCUGCCGGGUGAACCUGGUGAUGGACCCAUUGCAUGCAGCGUAGAUGAGUUUCUCUUGAUGCAAAUUGAGUGUCGGGAGGGCGUGGAGACGGGAUACGAUGCGAAGAAUUCAGAGACAUUUGGUUCUGACCCUUGUCCACAAGGGUGGAACACUGAGCCAGUCCUCAAAGUACAAGAGCGCGUAGUCGAGAAGAGGAUGUGGAGGCCGACACUUCCUGACGACAAGGUGAGUCGCAAUAAGAUUCGUCCUGAAGCCACACUCUCACAGGCCAUUGGCAGCUACCCGAUGCCAGCAGUCCCCAUGGACGCAGACCAGUUGCCAUCGCGCCAAUCCAGCUAUGAGCAAGCGGAGGACGUCCGGAAAGCGCCUACUGAAAGUCCAAGAGAACCCUCGAUGGCUGGAGAAACUGAAGUCUCAGAGGAAAAUUGGCAGGUCUGCGAGUCUGCCAAACGAGCCCUGGAAGAGUUCUGGGAGGAAGAGAUGGAAAAGAAUUCGGACGUAAGUGAGGAUCUGGCACAAGAUGAGAGGGAAGCUGAGCGGGUUGCAACUGCAGAGCCUGCGGAGGCAACUAAGAGAUGGAGCUGGGUGCCACGCUUGCGUGGAGGUUCCUGGGCAGAUGCUUCAGAGGCAUGUAUGGAUGACACGGUCCCCCACGCGGAGAGUGCUGAUCCCGGUGAGGCAGCCGAGGCUGACCAUUCCGACGGAGAAGUCGUGAUCAACACAGGGCCUUCAGAGGUUGCAACGCUUCCACACACAACGGAGGAGGUCAAUGUCGAUGGAUCGAAAGAUCCGGAGCCAGAGAUAGGAGAGGCCAAAGAAGAGGAGAACAGGAAUCAAGAAGAUCAGACUGAAGAAAAAGAGAAGGACGAUGUCGUUGAAGAAGCGCCCUCGCGCAAACGACGGGCAUGGAUAGGAAGAGGCAGCCAUUCGGUGUCUUCGGUCCAGUCUAUUGAGAAGAAGGAGAUGGCUGACAGUAGCGAAGAUGAGAUCGUCCUUGCGGAGCAGUUGGUGGCAGAAGCCGGUGAUGAGGUGCAGGAGGCAUCAGAGACAGAAGGGACAAGACACACUGCUCGCUGGCAGCCUAAUGCGUUGAAGUACCUGAAGAUCUUGCGCAUGGCAUUAAGUAUCUGUGAGUUUAUUACCGGGCUAGUGGCCAUGGCGGCUGUCCAGGGCUUCGAACAUCGAAAGCAGACUUUUUUGGCCAAAUGCGACAAGUCAAGCGCAGGUGAAAUUGACGAGAAGGCUCGCGAGAUCUGUGCGGAGAUCAAUGCCAGACCUGCCUUUUUUACCACCUCCUCUUGCGCCGGCAGAGCCUUCAUUUGGCGCGGGGAUGGAGUGAAGAGCACCGAAUGUUUCAGCCGGUGGCGGGUCACACAUGACCUAGUGGAAGAUGGGGUGGCAUACUUUGACCUUGGAAGUUUGGACAAUGUUGGUGUGCCAGACAUCCGAGACCCAGGACAUGAGCAGCCAAUAUGGAAAGAAAUGCUUGGACAUUUGGCCACAUUAUGCAACGGCGUUUACUGGCUUCGUUUCGAGCCAUUCAUUCUUCACGUUUGCUGUCGCGACCUGGUUGCAGCUGCUGCCUUGAUGGCAGCAGCUCGCAGUGUGUUCAAAAAUGUGGGUCUCCAGGGUCUUGACAGCUCCAAACUGAUUGUGGCCAUUUGGGGUGAUGAGGGUUUAGAUAUGCCAUUGUCUGGUCCAGAGGGUGUGCCUUUGUUUAAGAGUGACCAUGGCUGGCUGAAAAGUUUGGUGAACAGUCGGCACCAACGAAAUUGGGCAAAGAUUGAUCGCUUCACAACGGCCAUUCGGCAAAUGGAAGAGCCUGUCCCCUCCGCAGAACCCAAUGGUGACUUGGAAGACAAGGAACUGAGACAUUUCGACGUGGUGGGUGACAUUGCCGUCGUGAACGUGAAACCCAAAGAAGAGUUGGCAUUGGUUGGGAACGCUAUUCUGAAGCAGGACCGUCGUGUCAAAGUUGUAGCCAUCAAAAUUGCUCCGUUGGCAUCAGAACUUCGUGCUCCUGCGGAGCUACUGCAAGCCAUUGCAGGAAGACCACGAUCACCUUUGAUGACAACACAUAUUGAGUUUGGCGUUCGAAUGAUUAUCGACCUGGAUGCUUGCUUCUUUUCUCCACGCUUGGCAGGGGAGCGUCAGCGGCUGUGCCAACAGGUGCAACCAGGAGAGCGGAUCUUGGUGGCUUUCACUGGCUGUGGCCCUGAAGUGUUACAAAUCCUCAGUCACACGGAAGCUGUGCAGAUUGCCGCCGUGGAGCUGAAUAGUGCAGCUGUCAGGUGCCUCCAGAGGAGUCUUCAGAUCAAGGAAGGCCAAAAGAUUUGUCCAGUGGAGGUGUUUGAGGGCGACAUUCGUCAAGUGGCGAAAGGUUUUCCACCUGGCCAUUUCCAUCGGAUUUUGGCCCCACGGCCCAAAAAUCCAGGGGAUGGCGACCUGGAGCAGGGAGAUGGUGGAGCUGAAUUCCUCCAAAGUCUUCUACCGUUGUUGGCGGAGUCUGGAGUAUGCCACUGGUACGAUUUUGCGGCAGAUUGGGAGCUUCCAAGCUGUGAACGGACGUGCAAGGUUUUGCAAGCUGAAUGUUCUGCUCUUGGGUUGAACUGCAACAUCCUACGUGUUGCUGCAGCCAAUCGCAGGACGAUUGCUGAGCGCCAGUACAGGGUUGUUGCUGAUUUCCAGGUCUCCAAAAACAUCCAUGGCUGA